CUAGUUCUACAAGCUUAUCAAAAGAAAAAUAAUAAUAAAAAACAAAACAGAUUGACAUGACGAUGGGAAAAUCUUCAUCGAAGGCUGCUUUCAUCAUCUUUUUAGCUUUUAUUGUGAUGAUAUCCGUAACAGUUGAGAUCGUUGAGGCGAAACGUCUCUUACUUGAAGAAACUCUUCUAGACUUAUUGCAUCAUGAAGCUUUUUCACUGACGGUUAAGCCACUUGGUAGGUUUGAACGUUGUACGCCACCAUGCAAAGAAUUAUGUUUUGGUACAGGCUGCUACUGCGUAUGUGAAUAAUGUGAUCCAUGUCUCAAAAGUAUACAUGGUAAUCGCAACUGAAUUAAAAACAAAAUAGUGUUUCAGUUUGAUAUUGUUGUCUACUUAAAGUUUAAAG